CCCGAAGCUUCCAAUACAGCAUUUAUGGUUGCCAUGGAUAUUAGUGGGCGUCUUGAAGUAGAGAGCCUGCUUGCCCGCCGUUCCUUCUUUUUGAUAGUUUAUAUAUAAUCUAGUGAAAGGAUUGGAAGCAUAUAGGAAGAAGUUUAUUAAUAUUGUGUCUUUAUUUUUUUUAGGAGUGAGGCGAUGGUGUUGGGUGUAGGAUUAUAGCGAGAUGUUAAACAACAAAGAAGUGAUGUAAAAAGACAUGGAGGCGGAGGAAAUAUGUGCUGCUGGUGCUUCUCGUAGACGUCUGUACCUGGCAACGUGACCUAUUAUUGAGCGAUUUCGGAUAUAGUGAAUGUUCGGAGUUCUUCCAGAUUACCCUCGGCGUUGUGGUAGGAAAGGAAACUUGUGAAGAUGGAAAUGGGUCCUCCAGAUGUGAUGGAGCGCAAAGGAGCGCUAACUUUGCGCUCCAACUGCUCCAGCUACGGGAGACCCACUUUUAUAUACCACUGGCACCACAAGAGAGAGGCUGAACCUAAGGAUUAUGACAUACAUGAAAUUCCUCUGGGACAUAAAAACUUAUGUCGUUCUACCUACUGGCGACUUGGAACCAUGGAUGAGAAAUGGAUCACCACAUAUCAAGAUUAUAUGACUCAACCCUAUAGACUUAAAGAAUAUAAGGAACUCGAUAUUCGAAAGCAGCUAUUGGAUGAAUAUAGUUUUGAAGAAGCUGUUAUUGGCAGGGAGACAGGGCUACCCGAAAAGGGUCUUGGAGCUGCAUUGCCAUGUCAUUCUCCAGAUCACUUUAAAAUGCUUCUGGAUACAACAUACCGAAUUGACUAUGUUCCACCAUAUGACUAUACACCAUAUGUUACACCUGAGGAAGGUGGAUAUUCUGUAGUGCACAGGAAAUGUCAUUCUCAGUUUACUGACACAGUAGAUUACAGAAGGCAUGGUAUCAACACAUGGCAAGAUGAGAGUGGAAUAUAUGCGAACGCAGAUCUAAGGCAAAAAGUAUUUCCUGUAACCAACCCUAUACCAACAAAUGUGCAUGAAGCUAAUUCUUAAGCACCAGUAAUUUUAUACCAAUAAAGUGCUUCUUUCUAUCUA